CAGAAGAUAUAGAGGGAGAAGAAGAGACGUAUGUGACUGAUAUAAAGGCAGAAGAUAUAGAGGGAGAAGAAGAUAUGUAUGUGACUGAUAUAAAGGCAGAAGAUAUAGAGGGAGAAGAAGAGACGUAUGUGACUGAUAUGAAGGCAGAACAUAUUGUUGGAGAAGAAGAGACGUAUGUGACUGAUAUAAAGGCAGAAGAUAUAGAGGGAGAAGAAGAGACGUAUGUGACUGAUAUGAAGGCAGAAGAUAUAGAGGGAGAAGAAAAGACGUAUGUGACUGAUAUAAAGGCAGAAGAUAUAGAGGGAGAAGAAAAGACGUAUGUGACUGAUAUAAAGACAGAAGAUAUAGAGGGAGAAGAAGAGACGUAUGUGAGGGGUGAUCAGCAGUGUAAGGAGGAGGAGAUCCCUACAGAUAUCAGCACAGCAGAUGGACACACAAGCAGGAAUAUCUCAGAAGGACAUCUAAUGUUAUCCCAGGAUUGUGACAUAAAAGAUAAUGACAGUAGACAGGAUUCUCCAGGUGCUAACCCCAUUACCCCAAUUAUACAUCCAGCUCUAUCAGCUGAUCCCUCUGAUCCUGGGAAAUGUUCUCCUGAUCACUCUGAUAUUGGUGCAUCUGUUACAGCUCUGACAGUAGAUACAGUGUUUCCCUGUUCUACAGAUGCCAAAUGUUUUACACAGAACACAAAGCCUAUUAACCCACACACAGGUAUGAUAGGUGAAAGGCCACUGAUAUGUUCUGAGUGUGGGAAAUGUUUUACAUACAAAUCAGAUCUUGUUAAACAUCAGAGAAGUCACACAGGUGAGAAGCCAUAUCCAUGUUCUGAGUGUGGGAAAUGUUUUACCUGCAAAUCACAUCUUGCUACACAUCGACGAAGUCACACAGGUGAGAAGCCAUUUCCAUGUUCUGAGUGUGGGAAAUGUUUUUCACUGAAUUCAUAUCUUGUUAUACAUAACAGAAGUCACACAGGUGAGAAACCAUUUUCUUGCUCUGAGUGUGGGAAAUGUUUUACCUGCAAAUCACAUCUUGUUUCACAUCAGCGAAGUCACACAGGUGAAAAGCCAUUUCCAUGUUCUGAGUGUGGGCAAUGUUUUGCACACAAAUCAGCUCUUGUUAGACAUAACAGAAGUCACACAGGUGAGAAACCAUUUUUUUGCUCUGAGUGUGGGAAAUGUUUUACCUGCAAAUCACAUCUUGUUACACAUCAGCAAAGUCACACAGGUGAAAGGCCAUUUCCAUGUUCUGAGUGUGGGAAAUGUUUUACACGGAAAUUACAACUUGUUAGACAUCAGAAAAGUCACAUAGAUGAGAAGCCAUUUCCUUGCUCUGAGUGUGGGAAAUGUUUUACAAGGAAAUCAGAUCUUGUUAUACAUCACAGAAGUCACACAGGUGAGAAGCCAUUUUCUUGCUCUGUGUGUGGGAAAUGUUUUACACAAAAAUCACAUCUUGUUAUACAUCAGCGAAGUCACACAGGUGAGAGGCCAUUUCCAUGUUCUGAGUGUGGGAAAUGUUUUGCACAUAAAUCAGCUCUUAUUAGACAUAACAGAAGUCACACAGGUGAGAAGCCAUUUUCUUGCUCUGAGUGAAGGAAAUGUUUUACACAGAAAUCACAACUUGUUACACAUCAGCAAAGUCACACAGGUGAGAAGCCAUUUUCUUGCUCUGUGUGCGGGAAAUGUUAUACACAAAAAUCAAAUCUUGUUACACAUCAGCAAAGUCACACAGGUGAGAGGUCAUUUUCAUACUCUGAGAAAUAAAUCAGCUCUUAUUGCACACAGUAGACAUCACUCAGGUGAGGAACAAUUUUAAUCUUCUGGAGUAUACUUAUUUCCAUGCGUUCUUCAAGUUUCUUAUCCUCUCUCCUAUGUUUUUUUGCAAUAUACGUAAUACCACUGGGUGAAAUAAUCAGAUGUCAUGCCAUCAUCUACCACUGCUAUGCAGAUGACCUAUCUUUUGCUCCAGGUACUCAGAACCCAGUCCCAAUCCUAAAUGGUUGUCUAGCUGAGCACCAGGUGUGGGUGAUGCCAGUUGGCUGUGACUCAGUCCUGGUGAAACAGGUCUUUAUGGUAGAAGGACAGGGCUACAGCUCAGCUUUGCAAACCAACCAGACUUACACUUGGGGGUUCAGAGUUACAUAAUGCUGAUCAUGUGCGGAAUCUUGGUGUCCUGGAUGGUGGAGUGACACUUUGUGGCAGAUACUGAUGUCUAUCAGAUCCUCAUCUGAGGAACAUAGCCAGACUCCAGCACGUAAUUCCCUCAGAAGAUCUACCUACAGUCAUACAUGUACUUGUAGCAUCAUGCGUAGACUACAGCAAUGUCCUCUACCUGGGUCUCCCAGCAAAAGAAUUGCACCGCUUGUAGCUUGUACAGAAUGCAGCAGCCAUGCUGUUACCUAACCAGCCCGUUCCUGCCACAUAACAUGGCACCAGAAGCAGCUUCUGCCUCCUUACUGCCCUGCUUUCUUCCACCUGCAGAUGAAGGACUGUUACCAGCAGUACUAAGAAUCCCCAAACAGUGCGGAGAUGUCAGGGGGGAG